AUGUUAAGGAAAUCGCCCACGGGCACCUGGUUGCCGGCCUUUGUCCCUCAGUCUACUUUUACACUCUCAUUUCUCCUCAUCAUAUGUUCUGUAGAGCAGUCGACCACCGGUGGCUACGAUGGCUCAAUGCUGAAUGGGCUUAACAUUCUCCCUUCAUACACCGAUUACUUUGAACUAACGCCUGCCACAACGGGUCUCAACACUUCCUCGGUGUUUCUGGGUAGCAUCUUCGGCUCUCUCAUCUCUGGCAUCGCGACAGACAGACUGGGUCGACGGCCGGCAAUCUUCUGGGGAUCAAUGAUAACCUUCAUCGGGAUCAUCCUUCAAGGAGCUGCACAACAUAUUGGGUCGCACGUGUUGUGUUGGGCUUUGGAAGCGCAAUAUCUGGAACGGCAGGCGGUGUCUACCUCUCGGAGUCCUUCUCCUCAAGGUACCGUGCGUGGGGCGUAG